GCCGGCCUUCAUUUUCCGGCCGCGCUCGAACGGGCCAGGCGGGACUUCCUGUGGCGGUCUUGAAGCCGGUACAGUCAGCGGGAGGAGGCAUGGCGACCCCGGAACCCUGCCUGUGGCUGCACAGCCCUCCCGGAGGGCCGCCCCCGAUCCCGUUGCCUCCCGCGGGCCGCAGUCUCGUGCUGGGUCGGGGACCACUGACUCGAGUCACCGACCGGAAGUGCUCUCGCAGCCAAGUGGAGCUGUGCGUGGACCCCGAGUCUCAAGUUGUGAUGGUGACGCAGCUGGGCGUGAACCCCUCCACGGCUGGGGGCACCCAGCUGAAUCCCGGCUCCCACGCACCGCUGGCCGUCGGGGAGACGCUGCUGCUGGUGAACGGCCUGUACCCGCUGACCCUGCGCAGCACCGCGGGGGCCCCGGAGCCCGACCCCCAGGUGCAGGAGGAGGCGCAGGGGGCCCCGCCAGAGCCCCCCACAAAGCGGCUCCGAGGCCCCCACGGCUGGCAGGAGCUCGGGCCCCUGCUGGUGUUCACGGCCCCCGGGGCCCGCGCCAGCAAGAAGGUGGCGGGCUUCGACCUGGAUGGGACCCUCAUCACCACCCGCUCUGGGAAGGUCUUCCCCACGGGCCCCGAGGACUGGAGGAUCCUGUUCCCGGAGAUCCCGAAGCGGCUCCGAGAGCUUGAGGCCGACGGUUACAAGCUAGUCAUCUUCACCAACCAGUUGGGCAUCGGGCGAGGUCGGCUGCGACCCCAAGACUUUCAGGCCAAGGUGGAAGCCGUGCUGGAUGCCCUGGGGGUCCAUUUCCAGGUGCUGGUGGCCACAAGCUCGGGGCUUUACCGGAAGCCAGUGACAGGCAUGUGGGAUCACUUGUGUGAGCAGGCCAACGAGGGAGUCCCUGUUUCCCUGGCCGACAGCGUCUAUGUGGGAGAUGCUGCAGGACGCCAAGCCAACUGGGCUCCUGGCCGGAAGAAGAAGGAUUUCUCUUGUGGGGACCGGCUGUUUGCCUUGAACCUUGGGCUGCGAUUCUCAACUCCUGAAGAGUUUUUCUUGAACUGGGCCCCGGCCCCUUUUACACUCCCAGACUUUGACCCGAGAACUCUGAGCCCCACAGGGCCGCUGUGCCUGCCCCCCACUGGGCCUCUCGUGGGCCCUGGCCCCGAGAUCAUCGUUGCUGUUGGUUUCCCCGCGGCUGGGAAGUCAACUUUUCUCCAGGAACACCUGGUGUCAGCUGGCUACGUCUAUGCAAACCGAGACACUCUGGGCUCUUGGCAGAAGUGUGUGGCGCUGUGCACCGAGGCCCUGAAGGCUGGGGGCCGUGCCGUGGUGGACAACACCAACCCUGACCCCACGAGCCGGGCCAGGUAUAUCUCAUGUGCCAAGGAUGCCGGGGUCCCCUGCAGAUGUUUCCAUUUCACGGCUUCCCUGGAUCUGGCCCGACACAAUAACCGGUUCCGAGAGAUGAUUGGUUCUGCCCACCCCUCGGUUUCUGACAUGGUCCUGUUCAGCUACAGGAAGCAGUUUGUCGCUCCCUCUCUGACCGAGGGCUUCUCACAGAUCCUGGAGAUCCCCUUUCGCCCAUGUUUCACGGAUGCCCAGCACGCAUCUCUUUACCGUCAGUUCUCAGAAGGCUGAGUCCACCCUCCCCGCCAAUAAAAGUUAUUUUCAUGGCACCUC